UGUUUUGUGUUUUCAACUUUUCUAGUCUCUCAUAGAUCUUAAAGCUUCUUCAUUCCUCCAUUCCUCGUGUUCCUGUAUAAUACCUGUCUUUAUUAGUGAUUAACAUAGGAAUUCCCGAAACAUUAUGGCUGAAAACAGUUCUAAGUUUUGGUUCCUUACAUUUGAAUAUUUUAAAAAAGAUGUUAACAAACCCGAGGACAAUUUGGUCAUAUUAGUGCAUUGGUUAUUGCUGAGGAACAAUUUCCAAGUUCUUAAACUUGAUAAUGAGGAUAAAGUUAAUGAAGAGCAACCGACUGAUAUUUUACCUGCAAAUUGGUCUCAAAAUGAGAUGUACAAGCUGCAUUAUAAGCGUGACAAUGAAUUGUAUUUGUUGAGUGGCGUCAAAGCUUGUGAUAGUUUUAUUUUCAAUUUUUAUAAUGUAAUAACGAAACAUGUGGCAAGCGCUGCGAUUGGAAAUAUUAAUUCUGCAGUGAAAUGGAUCAGUGACUCAGCAAAAAAUAAAGAUAAGUUCUAUGAAACUAUUUGUUUGUUGGAAAAUGAUCUAAUUAAUCCCAUGCAAAAAGAAAAUACGGAUAAGAAAACCGUCAGCACUCAGACCAAAAAAUCAGUAGAGGAUGAUCCUCUUAUAAUGUCAAGAGGACAAUUACCUGGACAUCCACCUGGUUAUCAACCUGAACCAUACCGUCCAAUAAAUCCAUUUCCAUCAUAUGGCAUGCCAGAUUUGAAUCCUUUAGGAGGCGGGGGUAUGCUCUUUGAUCCACUUAUGCAGAGAAGAGGACCAAAUAAUAGACCAGGUGUUCCUCCAAUGGCACGUUUUGAUCCAAUUCAUCCAAACGAUCCAGAUCCAAUGAUGCCUGGCAGCUUUAGAGGACCGCGUCCAGAUCAUAUGAGACCACCAGAUUUUGAUGAUAGUUUGUAUAUGUAAAAUAAUCGUGUACAAAAUUAUUCAAUUUACCUAAUAAAUAUUAUUAUAAUUUCAUAAGAAUAAAUUUAAAAAAAAAAUGUAU